AAAAAUUAUAUUGUAAGUUUAAAUUUGUUUCUUUUUUUAAAUUUUUUCAUUAAUUUUUUAGGUUGGUACACGUCUUUUAUUAAUUCGUGAAAAUUAUGAUAUUAUUUUAUAUGAUGCUCAACAAAAGCGCUCAUUAGCAAAAGUUCGACCAAAAUUAGAUGGUAAAGAUUGUUGGGAAAAAUUAACUUUUAUUUAUUUACAAGAUCAGAUUCCAAUGCUAUUAGGAGAUGUUGAAGAAUGCAUUAAACUUCUUAGACAAUGA